AUGGUGCAGACAGACUCUCAAGGCAUUCUCUCCAUCCUCACUCAGCCAGCCAUUCUCCCUUUCUUCCUUCUAGCCCUCGGGUACACCAUUCUUAAGCUACUGGACAAGACAGAUGUGCCCAAGAUCAAGGACCUCCCUAGUAUACCUGGCCUGCCGAUCCUAGGGAAUCUGCAUCAACUCGGUGAUAAUCACGCCAAAGUAGCUCAGAAAUGGAGCGAGAAAUAUGGCCCAGUGUUCCAGGUGAAGAUGGGCAACCGCCGGAUCGUCUUCGCCAACACCUUCGAUAGUGUCAAGAACUUAUGGAUCACGAACCAGUCAGCCCUGAUCAGUCGACCCAUGUUGCAUACAUUCCACACAGUCGUCAGCUCAUCAGAAGGCUUUACUAUUGGCACCUCACCGUGGGAUGAGAGCUGUAAAGCUCGACGGAAGGCUGCUGCUACUGCACUCAAUCGUCCAGCUGUGCAAAGCUAUAUGCCUAUCAUCGAUUAUGAAGCAACGAAGAGUAUCAAGGAGAUGCUUUUGGACUCCAAGUACGGCGAGAGCGACCUCGAUCCGAAUGCAUACUUCACUCGUUAUGCUCUCAGUACGUCCUUGACUCUCAACUAUGGUAUCAAAAUCGAGGGCAAUGUCAACGAUGAGAUGCUCAAGGAGAUCACGCACGUAGAGCGAGUAGUGAGCAACUUCCGAUCGACGAGCAACAACUGGGCGGACUACGUUCCAAUGCUGCGCUUACUUCCAGGAGGAAGUUCUGGACCACAGGAGUACAGAAAGCGGAGAGCACAGUAUAUGCACAAGCUACUCAACAUGCUCAAGCAGCGAAUUAAAGACGGCACCGACAAGCCAUGCAUCAGCGGCAAUGUGCUCAAGGACCCCGAAGCGAAGUUGACAGAUGGUGAAGUGAUGUCGAUUGGUUUGACCAUGGUCUCCGCCGGCCUCGACACAGUCCCAGGAAAUCUAAUAAUGACAAUCGCCUACCUCUCAAGUCCACACGGUCAAGAAAUCCAAGCCCGCGCCCUUCACGAGAUCCACUCUGUCUACCCACCGUCCGAACACCCUGAUCCGUGGGCCUCCUCCCUGUCGGACACAGGCGAAAAGAUCCCCUACCUGACCGCAUUAGUCAAAGAAACUCUACGAUAUUGGUCCGUGAUACCCAUCUGUCUACCUAGGACGAGUAUCCGAGAUAUCAAGUACCGUGAUGCUGUCAUUCCAGCUGGAACGAGUUUCUACAUGAAUGCUUAUGCGGCGCACUACGACCCAUCGCACUUCCAAUCCCCCGACGACUUCAAUCCCGAUCGAUACCUCCAAGACACAUCUCUUGAUGAUGCAGCGGCAUCAAGGGGGACACCUCAUUACGGCUAUGGUGCUGGAAGCAGGAUGUGUAUCGGGUCUCAUCUUGCAAAUCGCGAGCUGUACACCGCAUUCCUGCGCAUCAUCACGGCUUUUGAGGUCUUGCCGGCGAAGAAGGCAGGUGAUAGACCGAUCCUGGAUGCUCUGGGAUGUAAUGCUUUCCCCACGAGUCUGACACUGGAUCCAAAGCCUUUCAAGAUUGGACUCAAGGUCAGAGAUAGAGGAAUGGCAGAGAAGUGGAUCAGGGAGAGUGAGGAGAGGACGAAAGAUUUGUGA